AUGCAAAUUAGAAAUAAAAUCGCAAUUAUAACUGGCGGCGCGAAUGGUAUUGGUGCUGCUUUAGCUCGGCGACUUGUUCUAGAGGGUGCUCAAGUAGUUAUUGGUGAUAUUGACGAAAAAUCAGGCCAAGAGCUCACAACUGAAUUGAAUCAAAAGUUAAUAGAUUGCUGGAUAAAGACUAUCGAUACUAAUUUAAAUGCGGUAAUCAGAGGCACACAAUUGGGAAUUCAAUUUUUGAAAAAACGUGGUGGUGGUGUAAUCAUAAAUACAGUUGAGAAGCUUGGAUUUAUUCCUAUGGACGAAGCGAUUAAUGCUUAUAUAAAGAUCAUUCAAGAUGAUAAACUUACGGGUGAUACUGUCAUGAAUCCUUAUAAGAAUAAUUCUCAAAUUAUUUCGAAAACUUUCGUGGAGGAUUUAAG